CGUCAGUCGAUACCGCGCGCGGGAGGGGAUGCGCGUUCGCGACACAACAACUCUUCGCACAAAUAUCGGAUAAACAUUAAAAAUGCCCAACAUCAUCAACGAGGUUAAAUUAGACUUUAAGGAUGUACUCCUUAGACCUAAGCGGAGCAUCCUCAGGAGCAGAAACGAUGUGGAUCUGCACCGAGAGAUCACGUUCCGGAAUUCCGGACAGACGUACCGGGGAGUCCCGGUGAUGGCCAGCAACAUGGACACCGUCGGGACCUUCGAAAUGGCGAGGGAGUUAUCAAAGCACGGCCUCUUCACAUGUAUACACAAAUAUUACUCGACAGAUGACUGGAAGAAAUUCGCAGAAGAACAUCCAGAAUGCCUGGAACACAUGGCUGCUAGCUCAGGCACCGCAGAAGCAGACUACAACCGCCUCACCGAAGUUCUAGACACAAUAAAGGACCUCAAGUUCAUAUGUUUGGACGUAGCCAAUGGAUAUUCGCAGCACUUUGUCGAGCAUGUCAGAAAAGUGCGCGCGGCGUACCCGAAACACACGAUAAUUGCCGGCAAUGUAGUAACCGGAGAGAUGGUAGAAGAAUUAAUAUUAUCCGGAGCAGAUAUAAUUAAGGUCGGCAUCGGUCCAGGUUCAGUGUGCACUACCCGCAUCAAAACAGGCGUGGGCUACCCGCAGCUGUCCGCCGUUAUAGAGUGCGCUGACGCCGCUCACGGGCUCAAGGGACACAUUAUUUCGGAUGGAGGCUGCACCUGCCCCGGAGACGUAGCGAAAGCCUUCGGCGCGGGCGCCGAUUUCGUUAUGGCGGGCGGAAUGUUCGCUGGACACGACCAAUGUGGGGGCGAUGUUGUUACCAAACCUGAUGGAAAGAAGGUCAAGCUGUUCUAUGGUAUGGCGUCCGCUACAGCUAUGGAGAAGCAUUCUGGUGGUGUUGCAGAUUAUAGGUCUUCGGAAGGUAAAACCGUAGAAGUAGCGUAUAGAGGAGACGUCGGUGCCACCGUGAAGGACAUCCUUGGCGGGCUACGAUCAGCGUGCACCUACGUCGGAGCCGCCAAGAUUCGUGAGCUGCCGCGCCGUGCCACCUUCAUAAGAUGCAGCCGGCAGGUCAAUGACACCUUCUCGUAACUUAUGAAGCCCUGGUACUCGCUCCUUGGUAAAUUCAGUUUAUAGCCAACUUUUCCUUGACUUUUUUCAGCGCUCUUCAAUUGUAUCAUCUUUGGGUCGAGACUGACCCUUGCCAACUAUUUGUUUUUUUUUACCGCAAUUGUUGCAAGUUACGAAAAAUUUAUACUUAAAUUCCCAUUUCGUAACUGGUUGGUUACCAUUCGGUUACGAAAUGGAUCGAGAAUAUUCUUAGCGCGUAUGCUUAAGUACGUUGACUUGUCAAUAGUCCAUUAGAUACUAUAAUAUAUGUACAACACAGGCUAUGAAACUUAAACUGAAUUUGGCAAGAGCAUAGACAAUUUUGCUUUUAAUUUUAGUCUUACUAUAGAUUUUAUUAUGCCAUUUCUUUGUGCAGGUGUCUUUUCAUCAAAGCUAAGCUGCACUAUGUGACAUAGACAUACAACUUUUGGUUUAGUUAUCCAGGUUUAUACCUAUUCCUAGUGCAUUUUAGUUCUGUUAAAAAAAACCUGUAUCACAAAUCUGGACACAAAUAUUUUUACAAUGUAUUUCAUAUGAGUACUUAGUUAUUUUUUAAUUAUAGAUAAAUGCAAUCAGUAUUUUAAAAAUUGUAAGUCUAUACAUCUGCGUAGCUUAAAAUGUCACUUCAUAAAAAAUAGGUAUGUUGUUCGUGUUUGAAAAAAGGCUA